AUGUCUCCUUCUCUCUCGAUGCUCCUCUCUCUUGCUCUGCUCUGCUGGGGUGCGGGACGGCUUCCCUGUGUGGAGGGGAGGGUCACGCAGCACCUGUGUGGGGUUCACCUGGUGGAGGCGCUGUUGUUCGUCUGCGGACCGAAAGGAUUUUUCUACACGAGCGAGAUUCUGCUCAGCCCAGCUGCUCACUUGCUGCUGGAGGGGAGAGAGAAGCGUGGCAUCGUGGAGCAGUGCUGUCACUACUACUGCACUUACUAUGACCUGGAGAACUACUGUAACAACUAG